AUGGCUUACGUGUUGACGGAAACCGCUGCCGGUUAUGCUCUUUUAAAAGCUGCCGACAAGAAGAUCCACAAGUCCACCACCUUGUUCGAGGACUUGAACUCCGCAGACAAGGUUGCCGAGCAGUUUAAGAUCCAUCGUUUUGAAAAGUUCCAGUCUGCUGCCAAUGCUUUGGAAGAAGCCAACGCCGUCGUUGAAGGUAAGGUGUCUGACUCUUUGAAGAAGUUGUUGGAAGACGUCAAGCUUGAGAAGAAGGUCACUUUGAUUGUCAGCGAGGCCAAGUUGGGUAAUGCCAUCAACAAGUUGGGCUUGAACUACUCUGUUGUUUCUGACGCUGCUUCUUUGGAUUUGCACAGAUCUAUCAGAGAAUUUUUGCCUGAGCUCUUGCCUGGUUUGGAUGACUCUGUUUUGAAGCAGAUGUCUCUUGGUUUGGCUCACUCCAUCGGUAGACACAAGUUGAAGUUUUCUGCCGACAAGGUCGACACCAUGAUUGUUCAGGCCAUUGCCCUUUUAGAUGACUUGGACAAGGAAUUGAACACAUACGCCAUGAGAUGUAAGGAAUGGUACGGUUGGCACUUCCCUGAAUUGGCCAAGCUCAUAACAGACUCUGUUGCUUACGCCAGAAUCAUCUUGACCAUGGGUGUUAGAUCCAACGCUGCCGAGACUGACUUGUCUGAGAUCUUGCCAGAAGAGGCUGAAGAGCAGGUCAAGAGUGCCGCUGAAGUUUCCAUGGGUACUGAGAUCACUGAGAUUGAUUUGGACAACAUCAAGUCCCUUGCUGAGCAGAUUGUUGAGUUCGCUGCUUACAGAGAGCAAUUGUCCAACUACUUGUCUUCCCGUAUGAAGGCUAUUGCUCCUAACUUGACUUCUCUUGUUGGUGAGUUGGUUGGUGCUAGAUUGAUUGCCCACGCUGGUUCCCUUACAUCCUUGGCUAAGGCCCCAGCUUCUACCAUCCAGAUCUUGGGUGCCGAGAAGGCCCUUUUCAGAGCUCUUAAGACUAAGCAUGACACACCUAAGUACGGUUUGUUGUACCACGCAUCCUUGGUUGGCCAGGCCACCGGUAAGAACAAGGGUAAGAUUGCUAGAGUUUUGGCUGCUAAGGCCGCUGUUGCUUUGAGAUACGACUCUCUUUCUGAGGACAGAGACGACUCUGGUGACUUUGGUUUGGAGGUUAGAUCUAAGGUUGAGUCUAGAUUGAGUGCAUUGGAAGGUAGAGACUUGAGAACUACUUCUAAGGUUGUCAGAGACGCCCAGAAGGUCGACAUAACCGAGGCUAGGUCCUACAACGCUGACGCUGAUACCCUUGCACCUGCUGCUGACUCUGACGACGAAUCUGACGAUGAAGAGCCAAAGAAGAGAAAGAGAGACGAGUCUGAGGACGAGGAGUCCGAGGAGGAGAAGCCAAGCAAGAAGCUGAAGAAGGACAAGAAGGAGAAGAAGGAAAAGAAAGACAAGAAGGAAAAGAAGGAGAAGAAAGAAAAGAAGGAGAAGAAGGAAAAGAAAGAAAAGAAAGACAAGAAGGAGAAGAAAGAAAGAAAGAAAAGAAGGAGAAGAAGGAGAAGAAGUAAGCCAGCCAUGUAA